AGAUGACGCGAAACCUCGUUGCCAGGCGACAGGGAUGCAUUAUACAUUUUUCCGACGACAUCAUUAAAGUCCAUAUACACAAAGAAGGAUAGUUAGUAUGAAAGUUUAGCUUGGACAAUAGUAUUAAUCCGCAAUAGAGAGCUAAUUAAGGAUUAUAAUUAUGACGAAUCAUCAAAUUGAACCGGACGUUGGGGCUAUAAUCGAUCAAUUGUUAUCAGUGAAAGAAAGCCCGGGAAAACAGGUUCAGUUACCCGAAACUCAUAUAAGAUGGUUAUGUUCUGCCUCCAGAGAAAUAUUUUUAAGUCAGCCAAUGCUUUUGGACCUAUCCGUUCCUAUAGUUAUUUGUGGAGAUAUCCAUGGACAGUAUGAUGAUUUAAUUAAGCACUUUGAUAAGUGUGGUUAUCCGCCCAAAACUAAUUACCUUUUUCUAGGCGAUUACGUUGACAGAAUUUAUGGUUUUUACGACGAGUGCAAGAGACGUUACAAUAUUAAGUUAUGGAAGACUUUUACUGACUGCUUCAAUGCUUUACCCAUAGCCGCUCUCAUUGAGGGUGCUAUAUUCUGCUGCCAUGGUGGCCUUUCUCCAGAUCUCUUCGAAUUAACUCAAUUAAAUAGUAUAAAUCGUCCUCUUGACGUUCCCGAUCAUGGACUAGUUUGCGACUUACUCUGGUCAGAUCCGGAUGAAGACAUUACAGGUUGGGGAGAAAACGAUCGAGGCGUUUCCUAUACAUUUGGUGGAGACGUUGUUAGAUCAUUUCUAAAGAAGCAAGAAUGUUCGCUGAUAGUUAGAGCUCAUCAAGUUGUUGAGGAUGGAUAUCAAUUCUUUCAAAAGAGGAAGCUUGUAACGCUCUUUUCCGCUCCUAAUUACUGCGGGGAGUUUGAUAAUGCAGGAGCCGCAAUGGUUGUCGACGAAGACUUAACAUGCUCGUUUCGUAUAAUUCCGCCUUUUACAUCAACAAAAUCAGUUGAUAAAAAGAAAGGAAAAUCUUAA